UGCAACCGUAACGGGUAGUACUAAGAGACAGCAACAUUUUAAGAAAUGUCAAUCCCAGUACCGAUUGCACAAUGUUCUACACAAAGUGUUGGAACAAUGAACUUCCAAGUAUCAACUUUAAUACAGACAAUACUAGCAGCUCAGUGCUUAGUAUUGCCUGCAGAAAUCUGGCCACCAGAUCAUGCUGAAUACGCAUUGUUGAAUGGCUUCGAUGAUUAUGAUUUUAUUGUAAUCGGCGCCGGAUCAGCGGGCUCAGUACUUUCUAGUCGGUUAACAGAGAAUCCUGAUUAUAAAGUGUUAGUGUUGGAAGCUGGCGAUAAUCCACCCCAGGAAACAGAGGCUCCACCUUAUAUGUUAACCGCUGCGAAAACACAAUAUACUUAUAAUUAUAUAACCGAACCAAACAGAGAUGCUUGCUGGGCAUUUGAAAACAGAAAGUGUACUUUUUAUCGUGGUAAAAUGCUUGGGGGCACUGGCUCCACAGAUGCCAUGCUUUAUGUACGUGGUAACCAGCAGGAUUUCGAUAGUUGGUUAGCGGAUGGUAAUAUUGGCUGGGGUUGGAAUGAUGUAUUACCUUAUUUCGAAAAGUCUGUACGUCCGGUUGGAAAUGAAACACAUCCAGAAGGAUAUGUUACACUAUCUCAAUUUGAACCUUUUGAUGACGAUAUAAGACAAAUUCUUCAAGGUGCAGUUACUGAACUCGGUUUGCCAUUAUUUAGAGAAUUUAAUGAAAACAGCGAAGUUGGUUACACAGACUUGUAUGGUACAAUAGAAAACGGGCAUCGAAUGGGCAGUGGUAAGGGUCAUUUAAGCAGAGUUGGGAAACGUGACAAUCUACAUGUUAUGAAAAAUACAAAAGUAACUAAAUUGAAUUUUGACAAUAGCGGCAGGACAGUGGAAUCAGUAUCUGUGCUAAUAAAUGGAAAACAGAAGAAGACUGUGAGCGCGAAAGUAGAAUAUAUUCUUUCUGCUGGCGCCUUUGAGUCACCAAAACUUUUGUUAAAAUCUGGAGUGGGUCCUAAAUUAGAUCUAGAAGAACUAAGCAUACCAGUCAUACAUGAUUUACCUGUAGGUGAAAAUCUACAAGACCAUGUUUCUAUUCCUAUUUUUUUCCAAAUACAGAAAUAUACUGCCACACCCAAAUCGGAAAAAGAACAGUUGGAUAGUAUUUAUAACUAUGUAAUUCAUUCAAAAGGGCCAUUAGGCAGUCCUGGCUUAACAUCGUUCACAGGUUUCAUUAAUACUGAUAAUAAUAAUCCUAGUCCAUUUCCCACUAAUAAUAUUCAUCACGUAAUAUUCAGGCGCCAUGAUUAUAAUCGUUUAAAUGGUUUUCUCAAAGGGAUGUCUUUUGGAGAAGUGGCCUCUGCGCAUUUGCUAAAAGCGCUCAAAACUUCACAUAUAAUGAUGGCACUUAUUGUACUUUCACAUCCAAAAUCGUUGGGCCAGGUGAAAUUACGUAGUGCAAAGCAUGAAGAUGAUCCACAAAUAAUUACACAUUUUUUAGAGGACGAAGAUGAUAUAAAACCAAUUUUACAAGGUAUUGAACAUCACAUUAGUAUGGAACAAACAACUGCUUUUAUUGAUAAUGAUGUGCGUAUUAUGCAUAUUCCAAUAGAGGAAUGCGAUAAGUCUAGAUUUAAGACAGAUUGGUAUUGGCGUUGUUAUAUAAAAUAUUUCAGUACCACAAUUAACGAUUCUUCAGGUACAGUGAAAAUGGGUGACGAGAACGAUUUAACUGCUUGUGUUGACCCACGUUUACGAUUACUUGGAGUUAAAAACUUGCGAGUUGCGGAUGCUUCCAUAAUGCCUAAGAUCACUAGUGCAAAUACAAAUGCAGCCACUAUAAUGAUUGCGGAACGUGCUGCAGAUUUUAUUUUAGAGGAUAGAUGCAAGAUGUGUACAAUUGCAUUUUAAAUAAUUAUUGCAGUUUAAGAGAUAAAUAUAUAUAUAUAUAUAGUGCUAUA